UUUCUUCAGAACCACCCUGAAGUGUUCAUGCUGGUCUCCAAUGGAACCCAUGUAGCUCUGAAAGCUGCUGUUCCUGCAACAACAGAACCUAGUCCAACAGAACCAGUCAGUUCAGCUUCAGCCAAUAACAGCACAGAGAACAUAGAGCCUGAAACAGCAGGAGACACUGAAGCCACUGACGGAUGCCAUUGGUUUGACCUGAAUGACUCUACUGUGACGGCCAUUACGGUGAAGGACAUAAAGAAGCAGUUUCAGGGAAAAGAGAGUGCCUACAUGCUCUUUUACAGGAAGACCGCUAUGAAAAGACCUCCAGAGGCCAUAGGAAACCCUGCGUACAAAGUGCCUCCUCACCCAGUGAACAUGGUACAAGAGGAGAAUGCAAGACUUCAGCAGAGAAGAGCUGAGUUUGAUGCCAGCAGCAACAGCAUUGAACUGCGGCUGCAUUUGGCUCCUCAUUACCACUGGCAAAACGGAGCCCUGCACCCCGUAUCUCCAAACGAAGACUCCAUCAUCACUGUCACCUUUGACCGCAGAAAGACUGUGGGAGACCUGCGAUUGGCCAUCUACCAGAUGCAAGAUCUUUGGGAAGGAGACAUGGGAUUGACAUUGGCUAAGAAUGUGCCAGCUGGGUUACAUUUGUAUGAUACACUGACAG